AUGCCUCUCCGCGCCAAAAUAAUGCCUUCGAUAAGGCAGUUCUCCGCCGAUUCCCCGUCUGGGGUCCAGCUCAGGCCUCAACCGAACGAUGAUCCCGAUGACGUCCUGUUUGACAAGAUCUACGGCGUGCGCACUAUCGAGCUGAACCGGCCAAAGAAGCUCAACUCGCUCAACGGAUCUAUGGCCCGCAAGAUCAUACCCAGGCUGCACGAGUGGUCACAGUCCCAGCUGGCCAAUGUCAUCAUCAUCAAGGGCAACGGCCGCGCUUUCUGUGCCGGUGGAGAUGUCGCUGCGCUCGCUGAGGCAAACAGCCAGGGCGAGAAAGGCCAGAAGGAGUCCAGCGAUUACUUUGCCCUGGAAUACAAGCUGGACCACCUCAUUGCUACUUACUCCAAACCCUACGUCGCUUUUAUGGAUGGUAUCACAAUGGGAGGCGGUGUUGGUUUGAGCGUGCAUGCUCCCUUCAGGAUAGCCACCGAGAACACUGUCUUCGCUAUGCCUGAGACCACCAUUGGUUUCUUUCCCGAUGUUGGCGCGAGCUUCUUCCUGCCUCGGAUGGAUGGUCAGAUGGGCACCUACCUUGCUCUGACUAGUGAGCAACUGAAGGGUGCCGACGUCUUCUACCACGGCAUCGCAACCCACUACAUCCACUCCUCUUCUCUUCCCGACCUUGAGGCUCGUCUCGCCGAGCUGACGUUCAAGGACUAUGCCUCGCUUCAAGAGCGUCACGGUAUCAUCAAUGCCACCAUUGAAGAAUUUGUCACUGGCCUUCCCGCCCCCCGUGCCCAUAUUUCGGGUCAGCUGCGCAUUGCCGUCGACGAGUGCUUCAAACGGGAAACCAUAUUCGACAUCAUUGAAGCCCUCACCACUCUCAAGGAGUCCAAGAAUGAGCAACUCAGCACGUGGGCCGCCAAGACCAUCAAUACGAUGGAGCAGCGCUCGCCCACCUCGGUGCUCGUCACCCUCAAGCAGAUGCGUGCAUCUCAGCGCUGGGGCAUCUCAGAUACCUUCCGCCACGAACACCACAUCGCUUCCCGCUUCAUGGCCCACCCGGACUUCGUUGAGGGCGUUCAGGCCCGCCUGGUACGCCGCCAGAAGGAUCGCCCCAACUGGCAGCCGGCCACAUUCAAGGACGUCAGCAAGAGCGACGUCGACGCCUUUUUUACCAGGGAGCCAACGCUGGAAUUGCUCGAAAGCGACCCCAACGCCAACUAUAGGGAGUACCCGCACGCCUGGCUGGGUUUGCCGAGGGAGAGCGCCAUCCUCGACGCAGCGAGGGGACUGCCUGACGACCGCGCUGUCGUGCGGCAGUUUUUGCAGGAGUACAAUGGCAAGGCUGGUGUGAAGGAGAAGGUCGAGGAGGUCUUGGAGAGGAGUCGAAUGUAA